GUAGCGCAUCUUCAGCACACCGCUGAGGAAACAGUGUCUCUUUAAGUUGCGACUAAAGCCGAUUAGGGUCGAUUCUGCUUUUACCGUCUGUUCACUCAAUUUUUUUUUUCUUUAUGUUAUUGUGUACACUAGACACGAAUAGUAAUCGACCAAGCGUUUAACGAGAUCUUUGUGGACUUAAGCGCGCUCUUUUGUCGCAGGAGAUUUUGCUGCACGGUCCGUCUCCGAUGAUCAUGGUCUCAAGCAAAACGGCGUGAGACGUUUGUGUGGAAAAUGCAGAAAAGUGUGCGCUAUAAUGAGGGGCACGCACUUUAUCUCUCUGUGAUCGCGCGUAAAGAGGGAACGAAGCGGGGCUACCUGAGCAAGAAGGCGACCGAGAACAGUCGCUGGAACGAGAAAUACUUUGCUCUGUAUCAAAACAUCUUGUUUUACUUUGAGAAUGAGCAGAGCACAAGGCCGACGGGGAUUUACUUAUUGGAAGGAUGCACCUGCGAGCGCGUCUCAGCGCCCAAAGUAUCCACAAUCAGCCGAGACAAUUCAGAUAAGCAGCACUAUUUCCUGGUCAACUUCGGCCAUGAUGGGCAGAAACCUCUGGAGUUACGGGCCGAAGAGGAUACAGAGUGUACUGAGUGGGUGGAAGCCAUUCAGCAAGCCAGCUACUCUGACCUCAUCAUCACGCGUGAGGUGCUCAUGCAAAAGUACAUCCACCUGGUGCAGAUCAUGGAGACGGAGAAGGUGGCUGCCAAUCAGCUCCGCACACAGCUUGAAGACCAGGACACAGAGAUCGAAAGGCUCAAGGCUGAGGUUGUGUCGCUGAACAAAGCAAAGGAGAGAAUGUUACCUUGUCAUUCCAAUCAAGAAGAGGAUGACCCUGAUAUAAAGAAAAUAAAGAAGAUACAAAGCUUCAUGCGUGGCUGGCUUUGCCGAAGAAAGUGGAAAAUCAUUGUUCAAGACUACAUCUGCUCACCCCAUGCUGAAAGCAUGAGGAAGCGGAACCAGAUUGUCUUCAACAUGUUGGAGGCUGAGACUGAAUAUGUGCUCCAGCUGUCCAUCCUGGUGAACUGCUUUCUGCGGCCGCUCAGGAUGGCUGCCAGUUCCAAAAAACCUCCAAUAGGCCAUGAUGACGUUAGCAGCAUUUUCCUCAAUAGUGAAACUAUAAUGUUUCUUCAUGAGAUAUUUCACCAAGGCCUAAAAGCAAGACUUGCCAAUUGGCCAAGAUUAGUUUUAGCUGACCUCUUUGAUAUAUUGCUGCCGAUGUUAAACAUCUACCAAGAAUAUGUACGGAACCACCAGUACAGUCUUCAGGUUCUAGCUAACUGCAAGCAGAACCGGGACUUUGACAAGCUACUGAAGCAGUACGAGUCCAAUGCUGCCUGUGAGGGCCGAAUGCUGGAGACGUUUCUGACCUACCCAAUGUUUCAGAUUCCUCGAUAUAUCAUCACUCUGCAUGAACUGCUUGCCCAUACUCCCCAUGAGCAUGUAGAACGCAAGAGUCUGGAUUUUGCCAAGUCAAAACUGGAGGAGCUGUCCAAAAUGAUGCAUGAUGAAGUGAGUGACACUGAGAACAUCCGUAAGAAUCUUGCCAUUGAGCGCAUGAUUGUGGAGGGCUGCGACAUCCUCUUGGACACCAGCCAGACCUUUGUACGGCAAGGCUCUCUGAUCCAGCUGCCUUCAGUGGAAAGAGGCAAACUGAGCAAAGUGCGCCUGGGCACACUUUCAUUGCGCAAAGAGGGCGAGCGCCAGUGUUUCCUCUUCACCAAACACCUCCUGAUCUGCACUCGCACCUCCAGCAGCAAGCUGCAUCUACUCAAACAAGGAGGCACUCUGUCUCUGAUAGAGUGCACCCUCAUUGAAGAGCUAGAUGUCAAUGAUGAAGACUAUACUGCUGCAGGUCAGGGCUUUAGUCAUUUAGAGUUUAAGCUGCUGGUCGAGCCUGCUGAUGGGCCGUCCUUCUCAGUAGUUCUGCUGGCACCGUCUCGCCAGGAGAAAGCUGCCUGGACCAGCGACAUCAGCCAGUGCAUCGAUAAUAUUCGCUGCAAUGGCCUUAUGACCAGUGUUUUUGAAGAGAACUCCAAGGUCACUGUGCCUCAUAUGCUCAAGUCAGACACACGGUUACACAAUGAUGAUGUGGAUAUUUGCUUCAGCAAGACGCUCAACUCAUGCAAAGUGCCACAGAUCCGCUAUGCCAGCGUUGACCGUCUGCUGGAACGGCUCACUGACCUGCGCUUCCUCUCCAUUGACUUCCUCAACACGUUCCUGCACACAUACCGCAUCUUUACCACUGCAGCUGUGGUCAUGGACAAGUUGAACGACAUCUACAAGAGGCCUUUCACCUCCAUGCCCAUCAGGAUUCAGUACCACUCAUCUGACCGUUUGUCCAUCUCCUCCAUCUGUCCAGACUACAGCCUGAAGAUCACAAGGCUUGCCCUGGACCAGUCUAAGUCUCUAGAGCUCUUUUUUGCCACUAACCAGGGCCCGUGGGGCAAUGAGCUUAUGAACAACAAGUCCCCCCGACUGUCACGCAAGUUCUCUACACCUCCUCCUCUCUCAAUCCCUUCCCGGACAUCUUCACCCAUGCAUUGCCGUAAACUGUCGCUCAGCUCACCUGUAAGUGGCAACAAAGCCAUCGCUUUGGAUCUCUCGGCCUCGUCCAUGGCAGUCAGUAGUCCCACAUCCACCUACAACCCCAUGGUCUCUUCUCCACCCUCUAACUGUACUAAGGCUCCGCUGGACCUGAGCAAGGGACCCAAUUCACCAGAGCUAGGACCCACGACACCAGAGGAAGGUGGGGAACUCCCACGUAUUGAUGCAUUCUGUGGCAAGCUGAGGCGGAGCGUUAGGCGGAAUUUCUUAGAGUCUUUUUCAUUUGACAAGUUCAUCCCAGAGACACCUACCUCUGUUGAGUCAGGAGACUUAUCUCUGUGCAGCUUGCCCUCUACCCCUUCCUCUACCCCACGACACCCCCGUUACAGACAACCAGGAGGUCAGUCCAUGGAGAAUUUGCGCUGUACAGUGUCUCCUGCCUCUGCUUUUGCCAUCGCCACGGCAGCAGCUGGACAUAGUGGCCAUCAAGGUUUCACCAGCCCAGAGAAGUCAUAUGACAAGGAGUUUCUCAUUCGCCGGGCUGCCACAAACAGGGUGCUUAACGUCCUGCGGCACUGGGUUUCCAAGCACUCGCAGGACUUUGAUAUGAACAGUGAACUGAAGGCGGGAGUGAUCACUCUGCUAGAGGAAGUGCUGAGAGAUCCUGAUCUGCUACCUCAGGAAAGAAAAGCCACAACCAACAUACUAAGUGCCCUUUCUCAAGAAGAACAAGAUGACACGCAGCUUAAAAUCAGAGAUAUUCUCCAAACGGCUGAAUACCCCAAAAUGGAGUGUUUUGUUUCUCUGUCUGCCAUGGAGUUGGCUGAGCAAAUCACGUUAUUGGACCACAUUGUCUUCAGAAGUAUUCCCUAUGAGGAAUUUCUUGGCCAAGGAUGGAUGAAAGUGGACAAAAAUGAAAGAACUCCGUACAUCAUGAAAACUAGUCAGCACUUCAAUGAUAUGAGUAAUCUGGUGGCAUCUGAGAUUAUGUCCCACACUGAGGUGAGCUCCAGGGCCAACUCAAUUGAGAAAUGGUUGGCAGUGGCCGAUAUCUGUCGAUGCCUCAACAACUACAACGGAGUGCUGGAGAUCACAUCUGCUCUCAAUCGCAGUGCCAUAUACAGGCUGAAAAAGACCUGGGCUAAAGUCUGCAAGCAGACCAAAGCACUAAUGGACAGGCUGCAGAAAACAGUGUCUUCUGAAGGAAGAUUUAAAAACCUAAGGGAAACCCUGAAAAACUGCAAUCCUCCGUGUGUACCGUAUUUGGGCAUGUAUCUUACAGACUUGGCAUUUAUUGAGGAAGGUACACCAAAUUUCACAGAAGAGGGGCUGGUCAAUUUCUCCAAAAUGAGAAUGAUUUCUCACAUCAUAAGAGAGAUACGACAGUUUCAACAGGCCCCCUACAGGAUAGAACAUCAAUCCAAGGUAACACAGUUCCUACUUGACAAAACGCUCGUUAUGGAUGAUGACACUCUGUACGAACUAUCUCUAAGGCUUGAACCAAGACUCACACCUGCCAACUAAAGUCAUGUUUUAGCACUUCUGCUAGGCCAUGCUGGAACAUAGCAUAUGGACAAAAAAAUACUUCUUACUGUGGCAGCUGGCCAGGGAAUGCUUACGUGAAUGUGGAAAUGAUGAGAGAUCCUGAUUAUCUCUCCAGUCUUUUCAAGAAGUCAGCACAUGACUUUUAUACAGUUCAGGCCAAAAGUACAC